GGCGCAUGCGUAGUUUAGAUUAGUGGCCACUCGGAAUCGUUGACGUAAAGGUCACAUAACAAAGUUAGCGAGAUUGACCCGUGUUAUUGAGUUCAUUCAUGACUGUUUUAUAAUUCUGCACACGAAUCCACUUUGGCUGAGCGCCAUUCAAUCAUGGCGUCCGGAUAAACUGGUCGCAGUUGAAGUUUGUCCAGUAAGAUUAGCUUGCUCGCUGCCAACAAAGGGACGCGGAAGUGUGUAAAUACAUCACGAAAGCAGAGAUAAAGACUGUGUAGUGUUGCGAUUGUGUUUUAACGUUGAAUCCAGAUACCGAGAGCAUAUCUUUGGUUGUUGAAGAAAUAUUUGUAGCGUUUGGAAAAACCUUGUCCAAAAAACAAACAAAACGAACGAUAACGUAUUUCCGCAGUUCUCAAAAAGCGUCAAGUCGUAUUUCACAUAGCAGGUUUGUAAACAUCGUUAAAUCACGUCGUUAAAUGACUUUUAUUUUCAUCAUUACCACUGCAGAGGGUCCUCGCUUUACGACGGCCAUAAGCAGUUUGAGGUUGGGAACGGCGCGCAGCUAGAUAUUGCAUUAUUAUUACAAAAUUUGAUUUACAACGUCGUUAACUGGGAACGCACUGUAUUUCCGAAAAGGUUUUCUCCCUGAACGUCUUGUUUUUUAAUGUCAUUCUCAUGAAGAUGAUACAAUGCUUCGUUUUUCUAAGGACUCCAGGUUGACGUGACAGUUUCUAUGGAAUCUUUCCCACAUGGAUUUGUCAAAGAAAUCUCUUCCUGUGUCAGAUGUCGGUGAAAAAGAUUUUCAUCCUGAGCAACAGGAGUGGCGCUUCAGAAUGGACCAGCAGGAGCCAGAGCCCCUCUAUAUUAAAGAGGAGGAGCCAGACCCCACCUACAUUAAAGAAGAAGAGGAAGCAAUGUGGCACAGUGAGAAGGGAGAGCGUCUUCAAGAGCUGGAGUUUCCAGUUAUUCGCGACAUUGUGAAGACUGAAAGUGAUGAAGACACAGGUCAGCGGUCACAGUGUCAUCCCAGUAAAAGUGAGGAGACCAGAGGGGCUGAGCUUCCAAGCAGAAUCUCAAGUCAACACAAGACAACAGAAAGCGAUGGAGACCACAGUGGAGAAUCGCAAGCAGACCGCUGGAGUACACCAGAUUUAAAAAAGAAAAGUCCUAGAAGCAGAAAAACUACCACCACCACACUUGGCCCAGUCGGCAGAACUCCAAGCGAUCUACCAGGCAUGUCAACUAGCGGAAGAUACUCCUGCGUAAGUGUGCAAGUGGUGCAGAUGCUACUCUGGCAUGAGUGGCCAGUAUUGGUCAACAACAGAUAUGCAAAUAGUGCAGCGUGGCGAGACUACUACGUUGUCCACAUGCUAUUUGAACACGUGGACAUCUCUAAUGGCGGAUGACUACCUCUACAUUUACCUACUGGAAAUGGGAGGAUUUGUGUCCCAUCAGCUGUGGAAAUUUUACACCAUGAUGGAGAAAGUCGAGUUGUGCACAUGCCAUUUGAAUACCUGACAUACCUGAUGGCGGAUGACUGCAUAUGCAUUUAGCUUGUUAAAGAAGAGGCUAAACAGGAUGAAUCGUACCCCAUCAGAUGUGGAAGUCUUCCAGUCAUGUUGAAGACAGUCGACGUCUCACCCAACAUACGAGGAGCCGCCAUGUUGGUCUGAGGGAAAACAAAUGUUUUAGAAGGUUGCAAUUUGUGGGUACCACUGAUGAUAUACUUUUACUAACUCUGAUCAGGUCUGGUCCAUAAUAUAUAUCAGUGAUACUUAUAGAUGUGCAUUUUGGAAACAAUAGGAUUAUUAGUGGUCCUUUGACCUGUUGACAAGUUUAACUUUUGAAGCUUACUAUAAGAUGGAUGAGUCAAAUUGCACCCAGGAAAAGAGAGAAUCCUGUCGUGUGAAUGCUUUCCCCUACAUCAAUAUGGCGGCUACUUGUUUACAUUGGACACUCCUCAAUGAGGCUUGAUUGACCAAUUCCACUUCAGUUCCCAUCAGGUCAGUGCUGGUUGUGUUCCCAGUUGGGGCAUGCUUCAAAAUGCAUCCACUGAUAGGCCUGAAGCAAGCUGCCUUGGCUUCAAGGUUUGCAAAUAGAUGCUAAACUUAACUUUCCUCUUGCUUUCUGACUGCUACUUUAACUUGGCAGCCCAGGUUGAAUUGGGGAAUACACCUUACGCUUUCUCUGGUCUCUCUUGGAACAUUUGUGACAUCUGGAGUUUCAUUUGUGUGUUUUGCUCACUUUGUCUUUAUUUGUGUAGACUGUGCUUGCAGUCAGCACAUCUAAAGUCAGUUCAAACAUUGCAGUUGGGGCAGAAUCCGUGUUGGGAAAGUACAUUUUCUUCACAAAGUAGUUCAAAGUUCAGUUCACCGUGUGUGUGUGCGAGAGAGAGAGUCCCCUCCAAAAGUAUUUAAUUGGAAAGGUCAAUUCCUUUUUUUGUUGUAUACUGAAGGCAUUUAGAUAUUAGAUCAAAAGAUGAAUAUGACACAUAAUUUCAGAAUUCCAUCUUUUAUUUAAUGGUAUUUACAUCUCGGAAUCAGAAUAGUAUGCCGACGGCCAUUUGACAGAUAAUACUUUUCUAUAUAUAUCUAUCUAUAUAUAUAUAGAUGGAUAGAUAGAGAUAUAUAUAUAUCUAUAUAUAUAUAUAGAUAUAUCUAUAGAUACAUCUAUAUAUAUAUAUCUAUAUAUAUAUAUAGAUAUAUCUAUAGAUACAUCUAUCUAUAGAUAUAUAUCUAUAGUUCAGUUAGUUCAAUGGUUAUUCAUAGUUUUUCUUUCAGGAGGCGCAUGUCUUAUGGCAGGACAAAGCUGAUGUUACCUGCGGCAGCAUCCCAACUCCUCUGCUGGCAAAACUGCCGAAACCUAAUUUUGCAACUGUAGUGUGCAUGCAACCCAAUAUAUUCAAAAUGAGAGGGCUGUUUGGUCGAGGAAGGAUGCCAUGUCAUAUUUGAACAUUUGUUAACUAACAAGUCCAAUAAAUUAUAUACUAGCUUACUGUGAAUCAAAUAUCCACACGAAUGUGUGUUCUGUCAGAAAUCAUGUUUUGUGAUUGUUGUUGGAUUGAAAGCAGUGUCUUUAGACCAUUUGAAGGGCAUGUAGGACUGCAUCAGAACAAUGUUUCUUACUGAAGGUAGAGUUAAAUAACGAAAGAUGAGAAACUUGUUGUAGAUUUUAUUAUGAAGAAAAACCAAAUCUUUGUGAAAUGCAAUUAAAAGCAUAUUUAUUGAAGUACGACAUUGAAAGUUGUAGUUAAAAAAAAAUCGAAUUUAAGCAAUGGUUGUAGAUUAAACCAAAUUAAAAAAAAAAAAAAAAAGCCAUAAAAA